AUGGAUGAUUUGGAAACACAUUGUUUGAGUCUGCUGGAUUUCAAUGUGCCGGUUUAUUACAGAUAUGUUGAUGGCAUUUUCACCAUUGUUCCACGGUCUAAAGUGGAAAUGAUAAAAUCGACUUUUAAUAAUUAUCAUCAACGCUUGGCUUUUACGCAUGAAAUUGAAUGCGAUUCUCGUAUCAGCUUUCUCGACACGGUUGUUAUUCGAUCUGAUGGUUGUCUUCUAACCGAUUGGUUUAGGAAACCCACUUGUUCCAACAGAUUUAUUAAUUUUCAUUCUAAACAUCCGUUGAAAUACAAAUUGAACACUAUUUACAGUCUUGUUGACCGCGCUAUACUAUUGGCUGAUUCUCAAUUCCAUGCGAAGAACAUUGAUACUGUCAAGUGGAUUCUUUCCAACAAUUGUUUUCCGAGCCAAAUCAUUAACCGUUAUGUGCAAAAAAGACUACAAUUCUUGAAACAUCGUGAUAAUGUUAAUAUUGAUAAUGGAUGUGACAAUGCAGUGGCAUCUUCGUACAUUUCUUUGCCAUUCGUUGAUGGCCUGGGUGAAGAAUUUGAUCACUUUUUUAAAAAAAUAGGCCUAAAUGUGGUUUAUAAUGUUCCUAAAAAACUCAAUGUACUGAUCAAACGCGGUAAAGAUAAGCUGCCUACGAACAACAUGACGGAAGUAGUGUACAAAUUAGAUUGCAAAAAUUGCAAUAAGUCAUAUAUUGGCCAAACAAAAAGACAUGUUAAAGAGAGACCAGAUGAAAAAAGAUGGUGGGACGAGGAAUGCCACUUUGCCAAGAAGGAACUGAAGGAUGCUAAGAGAGGAUACAGAGAAGAUGAGACCAAAAAAGAUCAGUACUUGGUCUACAGGAAAAAGUAUAGAAACUUAUUGGAAAAGAAGAAAACAAAUUAUAAAGAGAGAGAAUGGAUUGAAGCGAAGAAUGAUAAGUCAGGAAAGAAAUUCUGGGAGAUAAUAAACAGACAAAGGAAAAGAAGAACGAAGAUGAGUGACAAGAUCAAAUUAAAUGAAUGGAAAGAGCACUUUCAAGUCCAAAUGGAGGGAACAAUAGAAAAAGAAGUUGUAGAAACAGACAGGAUAGCAAAUCAAGAAAAUGAAAUAAGUUUAAAGGAAAUGAGGGAUGUGAUCAAAAGAUUGAAGAAAAGGAAGGCAGCAGGAGAGGACAAAAUACCAAAUGAAGCAUGGCUAUAUGGGGAGGAGGAGAUAGUAGAAGAAUUUCACAAGAUAAUAAACAAGAUUUGGAACGGAGAGCAGAAACUACCAGAAGAAUGGAAAAUAGGCAUAGUAACACCCAUACAUAAAAAAGGAGACAUACAUGACGUAAAGAACUAUAGAGGAAUAACGCUAAUGGACACAGGAUAUAAAAUCUAUGCAGAGAUAAUCAGGAAGAGGUUGGAGAAGGAAAUGGAAGAAGGGGAAAUAAUGGGAGAGACACAAACUAGAUAUAGAAUAGGAAAAGGAACUUUAGAAGCUAUAUAUAUUGUGAAGACGGCCAUGGAAGAGGAAACGAAGAAAGAAAAGGGAGAAAUCUACCUAUUCUUCGCAGAUAUGAAAGGAGCUUUUGAUAAAAUAAGAAGAGAAAAAUUAUGGGAACUAAUGGAGAAAGAUGAAAUCAGUAGUAAAUUGAGAGAUAGAAUAAAGGAGAUAUAUAACGGAACGGCUUUUAAAAUAAGGAUAGAUGAAAAAUUAUCAGAAGAAAUAAACACGGAAAAAGGAGUGAGGCAGGGAUGUCCGCUCAGUACAGCAUUGUUUAACUUAGCUUUUGCAGAUUUGGAAAGCACUAUGAGAAGUGUACAGUUAGGAGGAAUAGUGAUAGGAAGGAAGAAGGUUUGGACAGUCUCGUAUGCGGAUGACGUGGUGUUGCUAGCAAACAACGAAGGAGGAAUAAAAGAAAUGAUUAAAAAUUUCAGGAAAUACAUACAGGACAGAGGAUUGAAACUGAAUAUAGAUAAAUCUAAAAUCAUGAGAGGAAGAAAAGCAGGAGGAAGGAAGAGAAACAUAACAUUCACAUGGGAAGGAAAAGAUAUUGAGGAGGUGAAGGAAUUCAACUAUCUAGGAUACACUUUACAAAGAAACAACGGAAAUGAAGCACAUAUAAAGAAUAUAAGGAAGAAAGCAAUGGCCGUUCUAGGAAAAGUAUGGAGUAUAGGAGAAAGAAACUUCAAGGAUAACUGGAAAAAAAGAAUGUACUUGUUUGAAGUCUUGGUGGAGAGUAUUAUGAUGUAUGGCGUGGAGAUAUGGGGCUGGAAAGAGUAUAAGGAAAUUGAAGGUUUACAAGAUAAAUAUAUAAAAUGGACACUAAAACUGGACAGAACGACACCUAGCCACAUGCUUCACUUGGAAACAAAAAGAAAUAAAAUUGCAACCAAAUCAGGAAUAAGAGCGGUAAAAUACGAGGAAAAAAUAAUGAAAAGCGAAGGAAAUGAACUGAUUAAAGAGUGCAUUAGAGUAAAGAAUAAAUUUAGCACAGAAAUGAGAAUAAACAGGAAAAGAGAAACAUGUGAAAGAUGGAAAACCGCAAGGAAAAAAUAUCUUGAAGAAAAAGGAUGGUCGAUAGAUUAUUAUGAUCUUGAAAUGAAAAAUGGAAGUGGAAUUUGGAUUAGGUUGGAAGACAUCGGUGAAUGUAUGGAAAGACAGAUAUGGAGUGAGAAGCUAGAAAGAUCAAAAUUGCGAAGGAAUAUAAAAACUUAG